UCUGACAUGUGGCUAAAAGGCUGCAGACUCUUGGCUGUGGAGCUGACAUCCAGCAACACCAAGCCUGUGGUGCAGGAGUUCCAGAGUGUUGAGCUGUCCUGCAUCAUUAAAUCCACUGUAACGCCAGAUCCCAGAAUUGAGUGGAAGAAAAUCCGAGAUGGCGAAACCUCUUAUGUAUUUUUUGACAAUAAAAUGCAGGGAGACUUUGCAGCUCGUGCAGAAAUUCUGAGUCGGACGUCGCUGGUGAUUAAAAACACCACCCGGAUGGACACUGCCACAUACCGCUGCGAAGUGGCAGCACCUUCUGAUACUAAAACCAUAGAUGAGAUAAAUAUCCAACUUACAGUCCAAGUGAAACCUGUGACUCCUAGAUGCAUAGUGCCUAAAGCUAUACCUGUUGGUAAGACAGCCUCACUUCACUGCCACGAGAAUGAAGGUUACCCAAAGUCCACUUACAGCUGGUACCGCAACAGCGAACCUUUAUCACCAGAUAUGAGAUCGAAUGCCAAAUUCCAGAAUUCCUCCUACACCCUUAACCCCACCACUGGCACUCUGGUUUUCCACGCUGUGCACAAAGGCGACACGGGCCGUUACUCCUGCAUAGCAACAAAUGAUGCGGGUUUUGCCAAGUGUGAAGAGCAGGAGAUGGAAGUCUAUGACCUCAAUAUUGGUGGGAUAGUUGGUGGAGUCCUGGUGGUCCUUGCAGUUUUGGUGCUCAUCACUUUUGGUAUCUGUUGUGCCUACAGAAGGGGCUACUUUGCAAACAGUAAAGAGACUGGGGAAAGCUACAAGACUCCAGCAAAACCUGAUGGCGUUAACUAUAUCCGAACAGAUGAUGAGGGUGAUUUCAGACACAAAUCUUCAUUUGUCAUAUAAGAUGCCAAAAGAAUAUUGCAAACCAGCAAAAGCAAGUGUGAAAAUACCUCCUCCAGGAACUCAAUGCAAGAGCAAAAGAUGAAUUAAGUGCGCUUGGAAGAGUUUGGAACACACAAGAACUUGAUAGAUAGCUAUCUGUAUAUCUUUUUUUUUUUCUUUGCCAAAGUUUAAAGUAACUCCUCACUGCCCAACCUGCAUCUCCCCUGCCUCUGGAGGUACCGACAAGAUCACCUAAACCUCUCCUUGGAGAGAGAAAGUUUUAAUACUUCUCAAGAGACUGCUGUGGAGGUCUGUGGAACUGCCUCCUCUUUGUGCUGCAGGGACACAGACGCAAUGUGCAAACCACCAGGGAAGCAGCUUUAGGUAAAUGCAUAUCUCAACCUGGUAGACAAAAAGGGUGCUGAUAUGGCAAUAAAAAGGCUUCAAAGAAUAAGAUUUAUCCAUGCAAGGGGGAGUCUCUCUCAGCAGCUUGCUGCCCAAUCACACAUUUGUGAUUGUCUUGUGCUUUUGACUCUAACUGCUCAGGUGCAGAAUGGGUAUCUGAAUAGUUUACAGUGGCAGAUACUGAAGUAGUAAAUGCAACUAAUGUUCGCAGCCCUUUUGUCAACUCUCUUUGCUCCUUUGAACAUUAAACCUGAUAUGGGCAGCAUCGGUCCAGAAGGAUUGAUUCUGUUCAUUGCUUUAUAGAAAACCCAUUGCACGCAGGUAACCCCUAAUUCUAAUCUGCACAAAGCAGGCUUGCCUCUUGCGUCUUUUGGUGUUUUAAAGAGGCUUACAGCGGAGGUAGAGAACCUAGUGCUAAGACAUCCCUUUCAGGAAAAUUAAAGCCAAAUACUUUCAUGGGCUAAGAUUCCCAGAAAAGGUACUGAGAUGUCUUCAAGCUUUUUUACCUUCUCCAUUUAUUUUGUAAAAUCCCACAUUCUAAAUUUUUUGCAAAGAUAUAUUUUGAUUACUUCAGAAAAGGUAACAUUUCUAUUUAAAGUGUAAAUAUGUGAUGCCAGCAGUGUUUAAGUAAUGUAGCUAUUUUUUUACUUUUUAAGCUACAGAGAGGAGCUCAAACGUUGCUAUAGUAUGGCACUGUCAGAGCAUAUCAGUAUUAUUGCAAAGUGUAAUACAAAACUGCAGGUGGAACACCAUCUCUUUCCUCUUAAGCUAGCUUCAGCAAUUUCCUUGUCACAAGAGGUCUUACAAGACACAGAGUAGAGUCACUCAGGGAUAGUUUUUGUAAAUUUAUGGCAGGAGCUAUCAACUUUUUAUACACUAAAAUUACCUUUCUUGCAAGUGACCAACACUUUGUUUUUGUUGUUGCAAGAAACAUCCAGGGAUGGCUUUUUGGAUUCAGUUCUGACAAGGUGACAGAGUGACUUCAUAUUUGCUACCCCCCCCCCCAAAAUGUUUGCUAAAGCGCUAACACAGUUUGUGACACCUAUGCCAGCUUUACAGGUUCAGAUUGCAUAGCAAAGGUAACUGUUUCUGGUGUUGGGAAAGCAAAAGCUCAAUAUAAAAGCACUUUUGUAGUGUCAAUUGCAACUUUUCCCUAGACAGUAAAAGAAAAAAAAACCCAUUUCUCUUAGCUUUAAAGCAAAUAAUUGGAAUCCUUAGUUUCCCAGAAACGUAUACGUUGAUAGUGUUGAACAGCAUUGGGUACUGUAAAAAUGCAACACGUGGAUGCAACACUAGAACUGUACUGUGGUUUAAGAAUGUUUUUUUUUUUUCCAAAAUGUAGCAUAAUUUAGUGUUCUUGUAUUUCCAAUAUGAAUUGAGUUGUCUUAACUUUUCAUGCAUACAGUAUUUUGAAUACUUGACAAUUUGGACUGUCAGUGUUAUUUUUUAGUGUUCUGCAUUAAUCUGCUUUGAACUUUUCACCAAAUAGUUACUGUUCCCUAGGGGCCUCGCUGGAUAUGCCAUUGCUGCAUUUGUUUUGCCUAAGCACCAGUGUUCACCACUUCUUUUUUUGCUAAUGAAAGUAAAAAGAUGGGGCAGCCAUAACUGUAUGUUCUCUAUGUAACUGGGACAUUACCACUGCUACCUUGCAACUGAAUUAUGGUUACCUUCUUAAGACAUGCUCUUCAACCAAGCCACACAGUAUUGUUUACUGUCUGCACGCUGCCUCUAAUCAUCAUGACAGUAGUGAGUGUAACAUUCCUUUGCACCUUCUGCAUAUCCACUACUCCUUUUUUAUGCUGCUUUUAAGAUACCUAUAAUAAGGGAGAGAAAGAAAAGGUUUGAUUCAGGGUAGCUCUAGGCACUAUGGGAGUACAAUCUACAGUCUCACCAUGAGCUGAAGGCAGCCUUCAUGUGAAAAGCCUGUAAGCUAAGAAUCAAGACUUACUUUUCAAUUCUAAAAUGUGACAGUGGCAUCUCUAACGAGAGAAGGGGAGAUGAUCCCCUGAUACAACUCAUGAGAUCUGACUGAUGGAACUCAUUGUAUCAUUGUGAAUAAUAUUCAGGUUUGUACUAAUGUAUUACGUUUAACUUUACCAAGAAUGUUUUACAUAAAUACCAAGCUAUAAAGUA